CGGUGCCGAAGCUGCGAUCCCGGGCGCCGUGCAGUGCACACGGAGGCUUAUAACUCAGCCAAAUUUGGGUGAAAUUUCAGAGAACAAAAAAGGGCAUAGGUGAGAGAACCCAGCUUCCUUCACACGCACACAUGCCGCUCUUCCAAAUGAUGACUCAGAGGUGAUACCUGUAUAAGUGUUUCAAGUUUUUUUCUGCAAGAUGUGUUCCACAUAUCCAGCAAACUGGGUCACUUUUGAUGAUGAACCUCUCUUUCAGUCUCCUCAACAAUCAGUGGAAGAGCAUAAUACCUGUACAGCAAAUGGUCUUAACCUCAAUCUUACUAAUGUGCAUGAAUCUUCCAGUAGGUCAUCUUCUACAAGCAGCACCCCACUUUCUUCUCCUAUAGCUGACUUUUACUUAAAUCCUGGAUUUCCUAGUAACUCUCCACUUUCUACACCUACCAAAGAGUAUCCAGGAAGUCCCUGUAUCCCCAAAUCAGGAAUUCACAUUCUUUAUCCUAUUCCUGAAUUGUCAUCAAACAUUAAUCUUCACCCACCACCUGGGACUUGUACUUCCUUAGCUUUUCAGAAACUGAGCACUGCAGCUAAUGAUAAUCCACCUAAGAUUUUAUUCUCUAAACAAGCUGCUGUGGGUGAAAUAAAUCCUACUUACCAAGAAAGGUGCAAUAAAUUAGAAGAUCAGUUGGAAUUGGAACGCUUCCAAUAUUUUCAGAAUGACUGUGCUUUUUCAACGUUAUUUUGGAAAGAGGAGUGUUCAACUAGCAUGUCUCUUUAUAAUGUUGACGCACAAAGAAAGGAUAAAAAGCUUUGCAGAAGUAUUUGCCAUCCUAAAGAAAAAGACAGUUGCCAUGAUCAGAAAAGUCUCAAUCAGAAUUCCUUCAGUUAUAUCUGUGAAAGGCUUGACCAUUUGCAAACUGAUACUUCGGGAAGCCUGUCUGCCUCCAGCAUACAUGCAUGGCAUAAUCUCUCUUCUUUCAUUCCACACAGUCUCUUCAGGAGCCAGAAAAAAGAUGGUUGGCCUUUCAUGCUAAGAAUUCCUGAGAAGAAGAAUAUGAUGUCAUCUCGGCAGUGGGGUCCUGUUUAUCUUAAAGUCCUACCUGGGGGCAUUUUACAAAUGUACUACGAGAAGGGCCUUGAAAAACCUUUCAAAGAAUUCCAGCUCCAACCAUACUGUAAACUGUCAGAACCCAAGCUAGAGAACUGUAGUGUUUCAGGAAAAAUCCAUACCGUGAAGAUUGAAUAUGUGUCUUAUACAGAGAAAAGAAAAUUCCACCCCAAAGCAGAAGUGGUCCAUGAACUAGAGGUAGAGCAGAUGCUAAAGUUAGGAACAACGAAUUACAAUGACUUCACUGACUUCCUUGCAACAGUUGAGGAAGAGUUAAUGAAGCUUCCAGCCAUCUGUAAGCAAAAGAGAAAUUAUGAGGAACAAGAAAUUAUAGUAGAAAUAGUGGAUAAGUUUUGGGGGAAAAUCACUAAAACAGAAGGAAAACUUGUAGAAAGUGCUGUCAUCACACACAUUUAUUGUAUGUGUUUUGUGAAUGGCAAUACUGAAUGCUUUUUUACUUUAAAUGAUCUAGAACUUCAGAAAAGAGAUGAGCGUUAUUUUGACAAGGACCUGGAGAAGAAGUGGAUUGAUAUUCUUGACUACCAUUUCCAUAAGUGUGUCAAAACACAUGAGUUUGAGCAAUCUAGAAUUAUUAAGUUUACACCCCUGGAUGCCUGUAGGUUAGAACUGAUGCGCUUCAAAACACUGUAUAAUGGGCAAGACCUUCCAUUUUCUUUAAAGGCUGCAGUAGUUGUUCAGGGAGCAUACAUUGAACUUCAGGCUUUUAUAAACAUGUCUUCUAGUUGUCUGAUUCCAGCACGUUUGCACUCCGUGAAAUACUGUGAAAAUGUCAUGAUACGCUUUCCAGUUCCUGCACAGUGGAUCAAAGCACUUUGGACAAUGAAUCUCCAAAGACAGAAGUCCCUAAAAGCAAAAAUGAACAGAAAAACAUGCCUUGGUUCUUUACAUGAAGUUGAAUCUGAUCCUGUAAUUCAGGUCUCAAUUGGAACAGCAAAAUAUGAAAGUGCCUAUAGGGCUGUAGUGUGGAAGAUAGACAGACUUCCGGAUAAAAACUCAAGCCCAUAUCAGCCACACAGUCUGUCUUACAAACUAGAACUUGGAUCAGACCAGGAAAUACCUUCUGACUGGUAUCCAUUUGCAACUGUACAGUUUGACAUGCUUGAUGUGUGUGCCUCGGGGACUGAAGUAAAAUCGUUGGGCAUAGAGUGUGAUGUUCAGCCCCAGAAACAUUUGAACAAGAAAACUUGCUACAACUACCAGGUUGAAAUUGAAAAGAAGUGGAUCAGGCUUGAUGGAGAAGACCCAGAUAAGGCUAGCAACUGCCUAAUGCAGUAAAAGGAGUUGAGCCACUGUAAUACAUGGUUACGUGUUCUUUAAAUAUGAAAACAAUGAAGGAAAAUGUUAGUGGGAAUUAAUUUCCAUAGUAAAUAUUUUUUAUUGUAAGAAGUGCAAUGAUCUAAUGUAUAAUAAAUACAGUAGUAGAAAAUCCACUGUUCACAAUUUUUGUAAUGCUUCUGGGUCUGAUACUGCAAAUUGUUAGUCAUUUAAUUAGCCUUAAUUCAAAUGAGCAGCCCAGUAUGGGAUUACUGGCGUGAGUAAGCACUGAUUGUACAGUUAUAGGUUUGCAGGACUGAGCCCUUAGUGUACAGACUAUAAUAUAUUUCUCUGCAAAGUAUCUAUUACAUGUGAAUGGUCUCAUGCUCCAUGUUGAGAACUAAUAUCACUAUUCUAAAAAAAUUGUCUGUUGGCCUUAUCGAUAUUUAACAGUAAAAACAUCCAAAAUACUUAUGGCACAAAUCAGCACCUGGGUAGGGUGCAGCAGGAUUAAUUACAUAAAUGAGUGCAGUUUGUAAAUAUGCAGUUUAUAAAUCUCCAUGUUUGUGAACAGCACAAGAAUACACUUAUUUCUCAGUAAGAGUUUCCACAUAAUGUAGAGUGAGAGAACUUCCUCAGGAAUAAAACUGCUAAUUGUCUCCCUUCAGGGAUUGUAAAUGUUGCUCUCACUGUUUCCUCUAAGAUUGUUGAAUGCAAAAUCUCAGGCAAUCUUGAUUGAAAUUCCCAUGCCAAGGUGAGGCUAAUUUAUUUCAGUGCCUCGGUGAACAGGGCCUGACCCUCAGCUGACAUAAAUCAGCGUAGCUCCAUUAAGUUCAUUGCAGCUUUGCCAAUUUACACGAGUUGAGAAUCUGGCCUUAUGAGUUAUAAAGGUGGCUAAUCACUACUUGUUGUUUUUUGUUGUUUUGGAUGUCUUUAAAGACUCAAGUUCCAGAUGUUGGUUUGAAACUAAGGCCUGUACGGGAUCACUGCCUUGAACUGUAAGGCAGAGGGUAAUGCAAACGUACAGGGAAAGUUAGAAUUAUCCUUUCAUUGCCAUCUAAAAAGGAAAUUGCUACAGAGGAAAAUUGAUGGUUAUAUUUAUAUACCAGGCUUUACGGAUUUAUAUCCUUUAGGAAUUUUGUGUUUUUUAACCAGAAUUUUUUUGGUCUGGCUUUAUUUUGUUAUGAUCAAAGUUCUGAUUUUUUUUAAGGUUUAAUUGUUUAAAAAUGUGCACUGAAGUUAUCUGGGUUCGUAUGUGGUUUGGCUUAGUGCUUGGGGCAGACAGGAAUACACACUAGGAUCACUGGUAUAAUUGUACAUGAUGAUCAGUGUCUACUCAACAGUAGCUCAGGGCUGGAAGCACAAGUCAUUAUUGAUGAUGUUGACAGAAUUGUGUGGGGAAGCUAGCGCAGCAUGUCUGCCUUUUGCUCGGCUCCAGCUAAUGCUAUGGGCACUUAAACUCAUUCAACUACAUUGGUCACUUAAAAUGUCAGCAUUUACUAACAUUACCAAAGAGCAAUUACUGUUGCUCUUUUGCCAAGUGGAAGCAGAAUUUUGCAAUCUCGCAGGUCAGUUUUACAUUUGGAGCAGAAAUCACUGAUGCAGAGUAGGGUAUUUUCUUAGUAUAAUUCAGCUGCGACACAACGCAAUCCAAGAUUGCCUGGCCAGAGGCAUUCCACCACCCAUGGGGAAGAUUACCGUAACCUCCGCCAUCCCUGGAACUGGCAGCCAACUGCGACCAGACAUCAUCAUCACCAAUGAAGACCAGAAAAAGAUCAUUAUGGUGGAAGUCACAGUGCCAUUCGAGAACAGGACCUCAGCCUUCCACGAUGCCCGAACUCGAAAUUUAGAGAAAUGUUCCCCUUUGGCUGAAACCUUGAGAGCUAAGGGUUACCAGGUCCAGACAAAUGCACUGAUUGUCGGAGCCUUAGGUGCAUGGGACUCCAGUAAUGAGCGAGUGCUGAAAGAAUGCAGAAUCGGUCAACGCUACGCUUGGCUGAUGUGGCAACUCAUGGUGUUGGAUGCCGUCAGGUAGUCGAGGGACACCUACCUAGAACACAUAACUGGACAUCAGCAAUACCAGGAGGGAUGAACUAGACUGCCUAUGAGAAGAGCAGUCAGGAAACUGACAAAUAUUUUCCUCAUGGAUUGUAUUUUCUAAAUGGACAACCAACAUAAUUCUCAAUUACUGAGUGACAGUCUUCACUCAUCGAUAUAUUUUGCUUUCCACAACCAAAUUUCUGUACAACUUUUCAUGAGUGAUGUACCCGCGUAUUUGGAUUCUAAUAUCUAAACUGUAUUGUUAAAUCUAUUCACCUAAAUUUGGGUUGUUCCUAAUUAUGUACUCUAUGUAUCAUAUGACUUUAAAAACAAACUUUAUAUUUGUGGAUAAUCUAAGCACUAUACCCAGAUGUACAGACACUCUUUUCCCAACCUAUGUAUUAUAUAAUUUUUUUUAACAUUAGCUUAGGUAAAGAUUUUAAAUCUGUUUAUUUACAACAGGUACACAAGUUCUGUUUUCUCAGACAGGUGUUAACAAACUGGAUUUCUUCUCACAGCAUUGCUAUGUGUGAUGAGCACUUGACAUACAGUGGUUAGGGGCUCAGUCAAACUCCCAUUGAAGUCAAUGGAAAUCUUUGACAAAAUGGGAGUUGGGUCUGAGUCUCUAACAAUAAGGAGAAACAAAAAUUAGUAGUUAUGGACAAAGAAAUGCACAGCAGAAAAUUCUUGGUGCUUGUAAAUAAACAUGCUACAAUGCUUGUGUGGUUCAUCCAGGAAAGAGAACAAGAGAGGAAACUGAUUGUUACUGGAUAUCCACGUAGAAACCCUGUAAUGAUUGUGGAUGGUUCUCUAGCUGCCAUUUCUAUUGCCCUUCUCUAGAGAGGAAUUUGAUAAUGCAUUCCAUUAAUUGUAGUGCCAAGCUGCUGUUUUUUGCAUAUUUCUAGAUGAUGCAACAUUAAGUGUACAAAGCUGACAAACAUCUGGGAAAAAAAGUAUGCUUUCAGGUGUUCCUUUUAGUUAAGCCUACCUGACAUGACAUGACAUGACAUAAUACUCAAUUACAGUACCAGUUUCCAUAUAUCUGUUUUAACUGUAUUUGUCUUUGCUGAUCAACAGUUCUAACUAAUUACUGACAUUAGUAAUAUUCAGCUAUCAGUUUAAUCAUUUAUAAAUAACUUUGAAUCAAUAUUAUGCUUAAUUCAAAAUAUCAUUUUGUUCUGUCAGUAUAAGUACAAAACAAAUCAAGCUGAUAAUCUUGUAACAAAACAUUG